UGGCUGAGUGGGAUGUGUUUCGCAGUAGACACGCGACAAGCGUACCGAUGGUACGGCGAAAGUUUCGCUUGCUACUUUUGCUAGCCAGCAUUUGGCUUGUAGGAAUUGUCUACUAUGUUUAUAAGGCCAGCGAGGAACAGACAGGAGGCGAAGGCAAUAAGCUCCUACCCAAAAAUGUCUUCCCGAACGAGAUCGGUCCAGUCAUAGUACAUGAUGACACACUUGUGGUGCCAAAAAAGGAAAAAAUCAUCACACCACCCAAAAAGGCCAAAGAUGACACGUACAAGAAAAAAGUUGAAGAAAUCGUGAAACCUACUCAAAAACCCCAAAAGAGACACAAAGUGCCUAAACCUUUAGAUCAUAAUAAAGUGAAAGAUUUUCUUGAGGAUGGUCCAAACGAUGUUCCCUGGGAAGAGUAUGAUGAAAAGUCGUAUGUAGAUAAGAAGCGGGUUCGGCCAGGGGAAGACAACUAUGCCAGGAAUAAGUUCAACCAGCUUGCCAGUGACAACACCAAAUCUAACCGUGACGUCCCAGAUACACGCCAUCAACUGUGUCGACAGCAGCAAUGGAGGCAGAAUUUACCAUCAACAUCCGUCAUCAUCACUUUCCAUAAUGAGGCUCGAUCGGCUCUUCUCCGCACAAUUGUCAGUGUUUUCCGAAAGAGCCCUGCACACUUGAUAGAAGAAAUCAUUCUGGUUGAUGACUUCAGCGAUGAUCCUUCUGAUGGUGAUGAACUGGCAGUCAUACAGAAGGUCAAGGUCAUUCAUAACAAGAAACGAGAGGGUUUGAUUCGGUCCAGAGUGCGGGGUGCUGAUGCAGCCAAAGGUGCCAUCUUGACAUUCUUGGAUAGUCAUUGCGAGUGUAACACCUACUGGCUGGAACCCCUCCUGCUCCGUGUGGCAGAGGAGCGUACCCGUGUUGUGAGCCCCAUCAUUGAUGUCAUCAGCAUGGACAACUUCGACUACAUCGGAGCCUCGGCGGAUCUGAAGGGUGGCUUUGACUGGAACCUAGUGUUCAAGUGGGAUUAUAUGACUGCAGAGGAACGCAAUAAGAGGACGGAAAAUCCUAUCUCGGCCAUCAGGACUCCUCUGAUUGCUGGGGGACUGUUUGCCAUUGACAAGUCAUGGUUUGAGGAACUGGGAAAAUAUGACUUGGACAUGGAUGUAUGGGGUGGGGAGAACCUUGAAAUCUCAUUCCGCGUGUGGCAGUGCCAUGGUGCUCUAGAAAUCAUUCCAUGUAGUCGAGUUGGCCAUGUGUUCAGAAAACAACAUCCUUACACCUUCCCAGGGGGGAGUGGAAAUGUAUUUGCUAGGAACACACGCCGAGCUGCUGAAGUGUGGAUGGAUGACUAUAAACAGUUCUACUAUGCAGCAGUGCCCUCAGCAAAAAAUAUUCCUUUUGGAGAUAUUUCAAAACGUUUGACGCUGAAGGAACAGUUGCAAUGUAAGCCAUUCAAAUGGUUCCUGGAGAAUGUCUACCCAGAACUGAAAGUGCCAGACACCCAGGAUGUAGCUUUCGGCAGUAUGCAACAGUCCGGCCAGUGCAUAGAUACCAUGGGACACUUUGCUGAUGGGACACUCGGCAUAUACCCCUGUCACAAUGCUGGCGGAAACCAGGAAUUCUCACUGACGAAGGAUGGUAGCAUCAAACACCUGGACCUGUGUAUAACCCUGACAGGCGACGCCCCUGAGAGUGUUGUCAAACUCUACCAGUGCCAGUCUGACAACAUUCUACAGGUAUGGGAUCGCACUGAAGGGGAAACAAUGCUGAAACACAGGAGCCACAAUCUGUGUCUGGACAGUCAAGUUGUACAGACCAAAGGUCUCACUGCCAACAUCUGUAAUCCGGACUCAACCUCUCAAAAAUGGUCUUUUACUUUAAACCAGAUGAGGUAGUUCCAGAGGGGACUUCAUCACAUGCAAUAUUUAGUAUUUUGUGUGUCCAACUCUCUAUGCAAUAUUCUGGGUUUGCUUUGGUUUGGUCAUGUUGACUAGUUGUAAUGGAGGUUUUACUUACUUUUAAUUUGUGUUGAAGACCAACCUUGUUUUAUUGUCUCGAAAAUGAAAUCCACAACUUUAUGCUGAAAUGUUCAGAAUGAGAUCUGUUACUUUCUUUGCACAUCAUCUUUUAUAGAAAUCUUUCAUAACAAAAUAUUACAUAGCACCAGUUUUAUCAGUUUUGAAGCUUUUUUUUAAUAUUAAUACAUGUACUCCAUUUUAUUUCAUAGGAUUUUUUGCUGUAAAUCUUUUUGUAGGAAAGUUUAUUUAAGAUAGACUUCUACAUGCUGUAUUCAACUUAGCAAGUGCCGAGGGUGUUACAGUUAUAAGAAUAUACUCAAUGACACCAUAUGUGAAAGAUGUAUCACACAUUCAUUCUGAUUUUGACACGAUGGCUUAGUAUGUUACCUGAAUAAAGUACCGGUAAGCAUUGGCUUGAUUGAGAGAUCAUUGGCUUGCUGGAGAGAUCAUUGGCUUGCUGGAGAAAGAAUUGUGUGACAGGAAUUAUGUUGGCUAGAAUCAUGCCUAUCAUCACCAUAAUCAAUGAGGAUGUAUCACAAUCUAUUAGUCCAAUGUCAUAAUGAGGAUGGCAUUGGGGUGGGGCCACUUAUUUGGUUGAAUACUGUAAUGUAGAGCAUGAUACUUUUAAUGGCACAAUGUCAUGUACAAUGCAAAUGAACACUAUGUUGUUAAUGUGAAGUAACUGCUCAAUAUGUGAUACCAAACAUUUAGAAAUCAAAAUAAUGUAUAUGAUCCAGUUACCAUGGUUACAUGAGAAAUAUACAUAUAUUAUAAAUGUAAUCAUGUCUUAACUUAAUGCUACCAUGACAUCAUGACCUUUUUGAUGGAACGUAUAUAAUAUUUAUGUCAGUUUUUAAUUAGAUUUUGAUGUUUCUUUUGUAAUUAGUCUUGUAUUUUAAGGAGUGUUUGUAGUCAUGCGAGCAGAAGACAGUCUCAGGAUGUUUGUUCAGUUGUGUCUCUUUGUCCAUGUCCGAUCGUGACAGAAAGUAGGCCUGAAUGAUGCAGCCAAGUCAUGAGGCAAUAAAUACUUGUGUUGUUUGCAGGAUAUGUUACGAUCACUAUUUCAGAGUACAAUUGCACCAGUUUAUUCUGACAUGACAACCUUAACAUUUCUCCGAAAAAAAACAGUUUUACUUGACAGUUGUUCAUUCCAUUUUAGUUCCAACAUUUAUAGACCAGCUGACUUACAGUGUUUGUGAAAUGUGCGAUUUAGAAGGAAAUGUUUUAGUUCCAACAUUUAUAGACCAGCCGACUUACGGAUAAAGUGUUUGUGAAACCUGCGAUACAGAAGGAAAUGUUUUAGUUCCAACAUUUAUAGACCAGCCGACUUACAGAUACACUGAUUGUGAAACCUGCGAUACAGAAGGAAAUGUUUUAGUUCCAACAUUUAUAGACCAGCUGACUUACGGAUAAAGUGUUUGUGAAACCUGCGAUACAGAAGGAAAUGUUUUAGUUCCAACAUUUAUAGACCAGCCGACUUACAGAUACACUGAUUGUGAAACCUGCGAUACAGAAGGAAGUGUGUUGUUAAUGUGUGUCUUAAUGUCAGCCUUAUAAGAUGUGUUUAGUUUGGAAUGUGCUACUCAAAAGAAUUUAAAGAAAAUGAGAUUUCUUUGUUAUGACUACAGUUAAUUUUUCAUGGCACGUGAAACAAAUUGGGUGCUCUUGAACUAUUUCGGAGUAGUAUAUAGAGUAUACACAAGGUGUUGUAGAGUUAGUAGUUGGAGACUCUGGUAGCAGUGUAGCCACACUCCAUUAAUGAAAACUGUCCUUACCAAAUACCUAAAGUAUUAGAGAUAUAGCCAAACGCCCCUGGACUUGACCAUAAUUACACUGUGUCCGGUACAGAGGUGAGACCUGAGAUAUAUUUUAUAUACUUGUAUAUUCAAAUGUGAUUUAUUGUUGAUUUACAUGAUGUUUUAAUUUAAUGAUUGUGUUACAAAAAGUAUGUUAGAUUGUGUUGAGAUAGUUGUACCAUCAUUAUCAUCAUGUAUAAUCAUGUUUUUGCUAAUUAGGCAAAUUUUAAUUAACAGGGGGCUGAAUUGAAUACUAAUCACAGCUGUCAUGAUUAGAUAAACAUACAUCGGUAUUUUAUUACCUAGACUUAAUAAUGAUUUCCUAUGAAGCAAAUUUUAAUUAACGGGGCUGAAUUGAAUAUUGAUCACAACAUUCAUUGCAAGAGUAACGAACAUCAACAUAUCAGUGAUGUAUGCAGUAGGGUAGAAAUAGAAGAUAGCCUUAAAUAAUCUGCUGUUAUAUAUAUAUAUACGGUCCAUGACAAGGAUGUAGACUUUAUUACCAGUGCCUGUGGUUAGAGAUGAAGUUUACUUCAGCUCUGUGACAUGGUAGGUGAUGGGCCUACAGGCUGAAGUGUUCACUGGUGACAAUGAAGGACCUACGUUCAAUUCCCCCUACAGUGUGUGCGGCCCAUUCCUUAAAUCCAUAAGUUUGGUGGAUGGGAGUGCUCAUUGGUCUUGAAGUUUUCUAUCCCCCAAAUAAUGCUAACAGGGUUUACAGUUCAAAGCAAUAAAACCUUCCUUGUAGGUUAUGGCACCAUUGUUGUCAUGGUAAUGUUAUUUCUUUCAAAUUUUCACCGUUUAGCUGGACGGGGGAGGAACUUUACUUUUGAGAUGAAUAGAAUUGAAUAUAAAUUCUACUUUGAAUCCCUAUUCCCCUCAAGGAAGUGUCAUUUUAGUACUCCAUGGGAGUGCAGUUAGUUCCCUCCGUCUCUAACAUAGCCCUACAUCAGAUAGUCAUGUCAAGGUCACCUCAGUGCCAGGUGAAGGCGAUUGUUAUGGUGAUGGUUAUUGCAUGUGUGUUGAUAAACCCAGCCAUCCCAGUCAUUUACCUUGGCAUGUGUACAAGCAUAAUGUAGAAACUUGGGUUAUGUCUCAGCUGUAGUAAUUGUAUGUUGUACUCUUGUCUGUUUUAUAAUCAUUUACAUUUGCAAAUAAGGAUGUGCCUCUUGGUCUGCAACCAAUUGCGAAGUGUACAAACCCUAAAGUGAUCCAAACUAAUAACCCUUAACUUAUGUAUUGUCUGUCAGUAAGGUUUUCUGGUAAUGACUAUGUAUUUUUAAAGACAGUCAUAGUGGAGAAUUAGAACUCCUCUGACUAUGAUCUGAAUGUUUAAACAGUUUAGGGAAAGCACACUCAGCAUUCAUCUGAGAUUGAUUGUGUCCGACUGUCCCAGGCUAGUCUGUCUCUUAAAAAUGAUGUGAAACAUAUUGUUUGUAGCAUUUGAAAAUGCAAUUGAAACCUAACAUGUGCAAAGUGUCAAAAUCACCAUGCGUCAAUGUGUGGACUUAACUCCCUGAGACACAAAUGAAAUGUGGCAUCUCUCCCAGCGUCCUCCAACAGCUUGCUGACAUGUUGAAGUAUAACAGAUAGACUGUUGAAACCAACAACAAUGUCCUUCGUUGACCCUUUCCGUAUCUUAGGACCAUGGUUUUAAAUUCAAACAAUUUCCCUGUUCUUCAGAGUUCAGUACAGUGGUAUCUGGUCCUUGUUGCUUCAGAUAGGUCCCACAUUAAGCUCAUAUGUCUGGGUGUAACACAAAGCUGUCAAAGUAACAUUUAUCCCCUUGUUCGCCUCUCAAGAGAAAUUUGGAUGACAGGCAAUGGUUGAAAUUCCAGUUUUACUCUGCAAAUACAAACUGUUAUAUGGUCCAGAACUGUGAAAAUGUAUCCUCCUUGACGAUUAGCUGUAGGUUCAGUUGGCUGCCUUGGACACUUGCCUGAGUUUGGUCACUUUACAGGGUGUACCGAGACAGAUCGUGAGGACGCCACCCGACAGUCUUCCUCCGCAAUGUACAUGAUGCUCUACACUGCUGUCUAUUGUGAUAUAUUUAUUUGGAAAGCAUGUUUUUCAUACUAGAUUUUAUAAACAGUGAACUACAUUUUGUGCCAAACAGUCUGACGUUCAUGACAUGCUGAUAAUGUUGGUGUGAGAGGUGUACAGUUAUAGAUUUGUAUUGUGCAUGCUGAACGUUGUUUAAGCAUAGCUGUAAUCUGGAUGUUGUUUGUAUGAAGGGGUUUAUAAACUGUAGAUAGUUCUAUCAACUUGAAAUAUUUUUUAGAAUUUUACCUAUCUCGGAAAUCGCCAUUACGCACCAUUCAUCUUUGUGUGCUUGAAAUGAUUAUUGGAAGAGUAAGCUUGGAUAAGCCUCAGUUGGCACUGUUGUGAAUUGUGUUUAGCCUGUUGGGAACCUUAGCAGCAAUUUAGAAAAAAAGCAACGGUAAACACAACUAAGCAUGGUGUGCUUGCACUCAUGGCUGAAAGAUAAGCAGCAAGUUAGAAAAGCCAAAAUUAUGCACUCUCUGUUUAAGUGCAAAUAUUUUUGUUGAACGUGAAAUACCUUAAAGCAGUGCUCUCUGUACAUGCCUAAGGAAACGUUUGUGACCUAUAAGCAGGAUUAAAACAGAGCAGUUAGCUUUGUAUGUAUAUCGGACACAUCAGUGAGGCAUUUUGACACUGUUCAGCUCAAAACAUGAGGAAUCAGCAUUUUUUCAAACUCCUCUCUGACAUGGAUUGGAUGUAGGAUGUUCAUCUGCUGAUCUGACAAGAACUGACAGUGAUGUGUGUCAUGCCAGCAUAAUGGUACCUUCCAUUCACACUCGCAUGCAGUGUUUUACUCAAAUUUCAAACUACACAUGGCACAUGGAAAAAAACCCACAGUGCCAGUACCUGGAUAUGCCAGACGCUGUUCAUUGUCCAGGUACUCAAAACUGGUCAGCUUUGAGAAUGCUGCAGGAAAUGGUAUAUGCAUUCAGGCUCAAGACAUUCCGCUAAUUUUGUAAGUGUAUAUAUUUAGGCAAUAUAAAUUUUAAUGAUAUCUAAGCCUAAAAGUAAUAUAAAUUUUAAUGGUAUCGAAGCCUAAAAAGAGAGAGGUACUUUAAUAUUUAUUUCAUUUCAUUUCUAUUAAACUUUUUAAAAUUACAAUUUUUAAAAUUGUACUUUUCUUUUAAUACAUUUUCUUCUGUAAACAUGUUUAUUCGCCAAUUAAUGGAAUCCUUUUUAAGACUUCUGUAAGUAAAUAUUAUGGAAUGGGUAGUUGAAUAAUGAUCAGUACAUAAUGUAAAUUAUGAUCAUACUGUUUUGUAAUCUAUACCGUCUUCUUAUUGAUGAUGUCUUUGAAACAUGCGAGAGGAAUCCGACAACAGAACCAGUCCUUCUUGAGUUAAUGAACGCCAAUGGGACCAUAAUUAGUUUUUGGCCUUUUAUUAAGUGUGUAAUGUCUCCCAUGUUUAGUCUGUGCAAUACACCUUGUGUGUUUAAUUGGGGAUUGCAUGGUCACACUGGAUGGAGAGUUUGUAAAGAAGCUACCUCAGAAGACAAAGUAUCGGUGAGUUCAGGCUGGGUACAUGACAUACUGUAAUAGUAGGAUUAAUGUUCACAUAAUCAACCACUACUUUACCUCUGUCAGUCCUGAAUGCAUAGUGCAGGACAAGUGAUGCUUGUUUCCCAGGUUGCACAAGGUAGUUAAUCAAUCAAUAUAUCAUAGUAUUGGUUGACUGGUUGACUAGUUCCUUGUAGAUACCGGUCUUCUAUGAUGGCCAUGGAUACAACAGCACAGUUGUUUCUUCCAUUCUAAGCCAAAACAUUGUACAUAAUAUGUACUGCAUAUUAAAUAUACACAUAUAAUCAGUUCUGUCUCAUACCAGUGAUUAGUUUCCAAUGAUAACAUAACAAGGUCAGUCAUCUACAGGAACGUGGAUCACUGUGCAUCACUUUGUUGCAACAUCUCCAUGAUGUGGAGGUCUUGCUGCUCAAGCUGCAACAGCCCAGUCACCAAGGAAGACAUCAUCAGACCAUCCGUUCCUCACUUCUUGUAGUCCACAUUAUUCAUCAUACAACUGUUCAUGUACAAUUUCUGUGCUUUAUUUUUAGGAUAGUUUCGAUAACUAUGAAGAUAUGUUAGUUCUAGUGCUUGUAGUAUGCUUGUCUGUUGAUGUGGAUUGGUUGGGUUGUAAUAAUCUCUGUCCCCUCACACUGAUCCUGAUGUCAGUCGAGACAGAUUGUACAGUUAUUCUGUGUACAUACCAGUUACAAUUCUGAAAUACUGAGAGUUUCCAGUAUUAUUUGUAUUCAAUAAUAUUCAGUGUGUUUCAUGAAAUCAGUGGUGUUUGUAAUUUUGUGUGAUUCCAGUACAAAUAUGAAAGAUUAUGCAAUACUAAUCUAGUCUGUGUGUCAGCUGUUCCAGUAGAGGCAGUAGCUAGUGUGUCAUGUGGCUAUGGGUGUGUGAAUGUUGAGUGGUAUGGGCGGUGUUGAAUGUUUUAAUGCAAUAGGUUCCUAUGUGGCAAAGUGCAGGGAUCCUCAGGUAUGUACAGGUAGACCAGGAAGCAGUGAUCUUCAAGAUGGGUCAAUCUGUCACAGUACAAAUGGAAUGCAUAAGAAACUUUUAUUUUUCAAAAUCCUCUUCCUUUAUCUCUGAAAUUCAGUCUGGUAAUCUUUCUGAAUCCUUAUUUUGAGUGCCAGUUUGAAACUUUAGUAGAUAUAUUGUAUGGAACUUCAUUUUUAUCGUUUCUUUUCAAAACUUCAAUUUGAUAAUGUGUUUGCAAGUUUAAUGGAUGUCUUAUUUCAAAUUGAAAGAAUAUUGACUGUUAACUAUAGUUCAUUUAUAUAUUUGGAACUUGAGAUAAUUUUCCUAUUGAGACUCUAAUAAUAUGUGUGCUUAAGUGCAACAAGUUGACUAUCUCCUCAAGACACAGUAACCUGAUUCAGAAUGUCUACUUUCUGUAAGGGCUUUUUAGAAAAUCAAAUAUUGUCUUGAAUUAAGUUAAUUAUUGAAUGUUGAACAAUAUUAUUCACAACGUAUCUACAAUUAUCUUUUUAAUAUUCAUAUUUUUAAAUGGCAUUUGACAUAAUGAAAAUCAUUGUAUAUAUUCCUGUUCCUUAGGGUCAAGAUUGAUCCUGAGGAUGACGGUCUGCCAUAUGUGAUAAAUGUAUUCAGAGAGCUUUAUUCUAUGUUAAUCUGAACUGAUUGAAAUAUUAGUUAAAGGGUCUUAGAUUGGGUGAUUGUAUGUCACUGUUGAUGGUUAUUGGAUAUCAAUGUUGAGCCAAGAAUGUUGAUUGAUGGAAUACCUGCAAUCAGUAUUUUGCAAUUGCCCAUGGCUUUCAUCAAUUUGUAUUAAUUAGCUGUGUCUUGUACAUUGCUAUGGCUCACUACCUAUGGUAGACAGAGUCAACAAACGAUUUUACCAGAAAUAAAAUUUAUGAUAAUUAA